UGCCUGGUCUGGUAUGAGCAAUUUUCAACCCAACAAAUGGGGGGUAAGUUGAACAACGCUCUCGGUAGAACUAGUGUACGUCCAACGACGACCACGACGGGGUUACUAGACGACGUGGUAACGACACCAUGCCGUCGAAUAUCAUUUCGCACGUAAUCAACAUCAGGCCUUGUAAAAACGUGACUUAGGCCAGUGAGUAGCGUAGAAGACUGUCAAUUAUGAGGUACCAGCUUCAAGUUCAUCAUACAAUAACAUAAGACGAGAAUGAACGCAAGCGGGGAAUCCGGCGGAACAAUGUCCAGUGAUGACUACUCUGAAAGUUGUACCAGCAGUGAAGAAGACACGGGAGCUAACUUGCCAUCAUGGGAGGCAGCGGCAGCAUCACUGACCCUGGGAUUUUUAGUAUUAGCAACAGUAUUAGGGAACGCCUUAGUGAUACUGUCAGUGUUCACAUACCGGCCAUUACGUAUAGUCCAAAAUUUUUUCAUAGUAUCGCUGGCAGUCGCCGAUUUAGCGGUAGCCAUUCUAGUGAUGCCGUUCAACGUAGCGUAUUUGCUUUUGGGAAAGUGGAUCUUUGGGAUUCAUUUAUGUAAAUUAUGGUUAACAUGUGACGUAUUGUGUUGUACGGCGAGUAUACUUAAUUUGUGUGCCAUAGCCCUGGAUCGCUACUGGGCGAUAACCGAUCCAAUAAAUUACGCUCAAAAACGGACAUUGAAGCGUGUGUUGGCGACAAUUGCCGGUGUUUGGAUACUUUCUGGCGCAAUAAGUUCGCCACCGUUGGCCGGGUGGAACGAUUGGCCUGAAGAAAUAGAACCCGGGACACCAUGUCAAUUGACCCAGCGACAGGGUUACGUAAUAUAUUCAUCGCUAGGCUCCUUUUUUAUUCCCCUAUUGCUGAUGAGUCUCGUCUACUUAGAAAUUUUUCUUGCAACGCGACGUCGCUUGCGCGAAAGAGCACGUCAGAGUCGCUUUGGCGUCGUUUCGUCCACAAAAAACAAAGGGGGCGCAGGCCCUGGUGGGUCCGGUCCUGGUGGGACUGGUGGUAGGGACAACGCUGGCGGCAGCCAUGACCCAGAUGACGCUGAAGAAUCGGUAAGCAGCGAGACCAAUCACAAUGAACGAACUGUGACGACGCGCGUUCAUGGAAAGCCGAGCUUAGUUGUAGUCGAAGAUGACGCCGCUACUGAAGUGACGCUCAACAUGACGCCAUGUCGUAGUGGAAAGCGUGACAAGCAUCCUGCUGCUACAGUCACUACUGCGAAUGUUAACGCUACCACUACUACCACGACGGUUUAUCAGUUUAUUGAAGAGCGUCAGAGAAUUUCACUAUCGAAGGAAAGACGCGCUGCGCGCACUUUAGGGGUUAUAAUGGGUGUUUUUGUUGUGUGUUGGUUACCCUUUUUUCUUAUGUACGUCAUUGUUCCUUUUUGCCCCGCUUGCUGUCCUUCUGAAAGGAUGGUUUAUUUCAUCACGUGGCUGGGGUAUAUCAACAGCGCGCUUAAUCCACUUAUUUACACAAUAUUCAAUCUUGAUUACAGACGCGCCUUCCGUCGGCUGCUGCAUCUUGGCUGAUAUUUUAUUCUAGGUAGAUCGGUAAUACUGUACGUAAAACGCCAAUUUUUUUUUUAUUUUGGGUUUAAAGGGAAUGCUACCAAUAAAGUAUUGCUUUUUUCUUUCACAUCAACCAUUUUUAAAGAAUUAUCUUUGACUUGGAAGUCUUGGAUUAAGAAAUUUGUAUCUUCAGUCGGUAAUUUUGUUAAUCUUAUUAUCUUCAGUAAGUAAUAUCAAAUUUUUUGACGCGAAAAGUUUCUUUUCCCAAUAACCACCCUGAUAGCCACCUCAUACUAUAACUUUCAGAUAACGUAGUGCCGCGAAUUAUAGAUAACUUGACGAAAAGUAGGUUGACAAUAAGUGUUAAUCUAAAAGUUAUCGUAAAGUUAUGGUCAACUUAUAGUAUGAGGUGGCUAUCAGGGCACUAAAUAGCAAACUCACAUUUAUCUGUUAACGCAGUUUGGUAUCAAUCUGAGGAACAGAUUGAUGACAGACGGACUGCAAAAGUUAGAGCGCAACAUUUGUGCUUUAUAUGCUUGCAGGCUGCAUGCAAAUUGGCAAAAACUAUAGAAUUUCUUGUUUUAUCAAUGAAAAAUGGGGCUAAGUCAGAAUGCUGAACAUUGGGUCUGUUUGGCCGAACUAAGUCCCGAGUAAACUUAGUUCGGCUGAACAGACCCAUUAAUGACUAUUUGGAAGCAGACUGACAACAGAUUCUAGCUUUCCAACUUCUGCAGUCAGUUUGUCUGAAAUCUGUGCCUUACACUGGCACCAAACUGCGUUAGCAGAUUGGCGUCAAUCUAACAGCAAUAUUUAAAAAUUCUGGAUUUGUAGCCAACUUGACUUCCAAUUGACACCAAUCAUCCCGAGUAAAAACAGAAUUCCGCCGCACCACCGCUGCACUACAGCCGUGACAAUUUUGAUUAUUUUACAAGUGCCGCACUACCGCCGUACCAGCGCCGUGACAAGUAAAUAAAUU